UCUUCUACUUUGCUAUACGGACAUUUUAUUGGAGAAACAUGAUGGAACACAUCGACAACGACAGCAGUGCUGGUGACAAGUCACCACUUCCCGCGGGCAAAUCGCCCAGCCCCCGACUUUGUUGGGUCGAGACCCAGGAGCCCACCUCCCAGGUCCCCAGUCCCCUCCCUGAACCCAGGUCUGGUGAGGUGACCCCCGUUCUCCUCUUUAUCAAUGAGGACAACCUGAUGCCAGAGGAGGUUGCCCAACAGGAGGCAGAACAGGUGGAGGAUGAGCCCCCUGCCAAAAGCGCUCAUGAGGCAACAUCCCAGGAAGUCCUGCUGGAUGACGACGAUGACGACGACGUCUUGGUGGAUGAUGUCCAUCUCGCUGAGGAUCAGACAUCAGACCACGCUGUGGAGCAGCGAGCAUCUCCCCAGCAGUCAUCCUCUGAGGCCUCUCUGAUGUCUCUGAAGCAGGCUGUUGAGACCGCUGCCCUUACUCAAGCCACCCAGGAUCUCCUGACCCCGGCAACUGAUGUGGAGGACCCUGCCUGUGGCCUCACUGUGCAGCCGGAUGUUACAACAGAUGAUCAGUCCCUGUUGUUAACCAUAAGCUUUAAAAACAGCAUCCAGAUGGUGCAUGAGGACACACUGUCCUUCACUUUUGAUGCCCCUGACACCCCCACUGUGCCUGAGACCCCCACUUCUUUGGGAAGGACCGAGGGGACCUCCAAGCCAUUCUGGAGAAGGGUCUGGAGCAGGUUCAGAUGUACAAAGCGGACGGCCCCCACCACCACCCAGGACUGCCCAGUUGCUCAGGAGGAGUCCACCACCUGCAUUCCCCUCAGACAGAUGCUAAGGAGAUUUCUUAAAAGAAACAAAUAAAACUCAGCUCUUGCAGCUCAAACUCA